AAUCCGGGACUUCCAGGGGGCUCCGCAGUGUGUAGAAUUGCGGUGUUUGGGCGCUACCGAUGCGGAGUAGCAGCAGAUUCAGUUGGCAAGCAAGCAAGGAAGGAAGGAAGAAUGGAAUCUAGGGGAUUCCUGAGUAGCCAGCCAGCCAGCCAGCCAUCCAUUGUGCCCACUCCCUUCACCGCCGCCACUCCCUGUGUCUGCAUCCUCUCCUUUUGCAGAGAGGGAGAUUGCACCAUUCUGAUCCACUGACGUGCAUUCCUGGUGUGAAGAAGCUGGUCAAGUGGUGCGUUUCGACGCGGAGGGUGCUGGUAGAUUCCAACAGCCAUGUUAUUAAUAUCCCAUGUUUAUUGUAUUUUAUGAAACAUUCCAUUUAGGUUCUACCGUUUAAUUCUAGCUGGCGUUCGAAUGCCCUAGACAGCUGCCGUUGGGCGAAAGGUAAAGCGGUGAACUUCGUAAAUUUGACCAUAACACAUGGUUGCAUUACACCGUGAACUUCCCCGAUCUAGCUGGGCCUCGUGUUUCGAUCUCAACUCGUGGAAUUUAUAAUUUUUCCAGGCUUUUAGCACUGGUGUUGAGGGAAGGGUGGUAAUGAGUGUGCUGCUUGCUCGUCCGGAUUGUUGAGAUUGUAGGUGCGCGUGAAGUUGAAUUCGUCAGUGCGAUGCUUUGAGGCUGGACCCUACACGGAUUUGUGAACUAGAUGAGAAGGUGUGCUAGAUCUUUUUGUACUUGUGAUUAAUGUAGCAACCCCAGAGAUUGGAUUGUUGAGACGCGACGUAUGCAGGAUGGAGCCCCCUACCUAAACUGCCUAUCUCCUCCGGACAAAGGUCAUCUUUGUCGCAUUUACUGGUUCGCCAUUUACAACGUAGAAGUAGGUGAAGAGCCUCUGAGGAGGAAAGGUCUGUGGAGACUGUCCACCAUGUCAUCAAUCUGGAAAUGGAUCGUUGUGACAGCCAUCUUGUGCCUCGUACAAGAAGCCUCGUGUACAUACCAAUGCGGCAAGGGGAUCACACCCAAGAUCUACUCCGAGUGUAAGAUGCUUCCCUCUCUAGGCGCCUCGUUUGCUUGGACCUUCAACAGAUCCGCCUACUCCAUGGACUUUGCUUUCACAGAGGACCUCGAAGAUCCGUCUGGUUGGGUGGCGUGGGGAAUCAACCCAGAUGGCGCGCAAAUGGUGGGAACCCAAGCACUGGCGGCGUUUUCCAAUACGUCGGGGGUGUACACAAUGAGAACUUACAAUGUCACUGGGCCAGUGAAGAACAAUGAAAGACUCUUGGUUCCGGGUACGGUAUCAGUCAACUAUUCCAACUACUCUGUUGUUGUGGUGCAAACCACCGUGACAAUUGCCGGCACUGUGCUCUUGAAAUCAGGACAGUCAACUUCGCUCAACUUGGUUUGGAACCGAGGUCCUCAAGUUCAGACCACCACUUCCGCCCUCAUGAGCCACUCGGUUAGCAACAACGAGAACCUGAUGAGCACUUUGAGGUUUGAUGUGGGCACCGGCGAGUCCAUGGGUGGAGGCGAAAUCCCUAACAAACGGCUCAAAGAUAUUCAUGGCAUCAUCAACGCGAUUUCUUGGGGGAUUUUGCUUCCGAUUGGACUCUUGGCAGCUCGCUAUCUGCGCCCUUUCAAUUUUGCAGACCCCGCCUGGUUUUACAUCCACGCAUUCUGUCAAAUUACUGGUUACGCUGGCGGCACGGCGGGCUGGAUUUUGGGGUUGCGCCUUCAGAAAUUAGCCAAUCCGAUUAAGUACUAUCACCGUAACCUUGGUAUUGCAGUCUGGGCUCUGGCCACUUUGCAGAUAUUGGCUGCAACACUGUUGAGACCCAAGCCAAAAACCAAGGGACGGCCGUUAUGGAACGUGAUUCAUCACACCCUUGGAUUUUUGAUCGUCAUCCUGGGCGUCGUCAACAUUUUCGAAGGCAUCGAUCUGUUGGGCGUAGAGAACUGGAAACGCGUGUACAUCACGAUUCUUAUCUGCAUAGGCCUCGUUGCAGUUGUGCUAGAGCUUAUCAACUGGUUUUUCUGGAUGCAAAAGAAGGAGAGGAGGCAUAAACACAGUGUGCUUGUUGGAGAUACAUAAUGAUGAUCGUCAGUGCACGUCGUAUCCUGUUUUGAGAAUGGCUAAUCCUGAGGUUUAAUCUGCAACUGGCCUGUCGUGAUGAACAUCAAUUGGUGGCUUGAAAGCUGAAGCAUCCUUUCAAGGACAUGUACAAGAGCUCGAUCGUCGAGGAAGAGGAGGAUCCAGGUAGAGGGUUAACUGAGAGCGUAGGCUUCAAGAGCUUUUUCCUUUGACAGAACAGGAAAAAAUUCAUUUUCUCGCCAUUUUCCUAGCCACAGUUUCUGUUUUCAGUAGAUGCACUUACAAUUCCCGUUUCCCUACGGCUGAAGCGAUUACACCUUCCAACCUUGUCUUGAGAAGGCAUUUUUCAGUCUCUGGGGGCUCAAUCCUUCGAGGCGACUACAGCGUUUGGAAGGGGUUCAACACAAUUGAAUAAGAGCUGUUUGAUACGGAAUUUUGCUGUUUGGUUGAGCCCACUUAUAGCAGAGCUUCAGCUUCAAUCUAUUAAGGACAUGAAUGGCAGUAGCCCACCAUCAGUUUAGAAAAAUGUGGACAAUACCAUUUGACUAAGUAAGUAAUCUGCACACCAUUUGAUCAGUUCCUGCUUACCGUUCCUCACUGUUCUGGAAAGAUAUGCUUGAUUGAGCAUCACUUUCUGAUGAUACAAGCUUCCAAUGUAAUUUGUAUUUCUAAUAAGAAAUGGAACCUGCAUGAUGGAUUUAUGUGCUA